GAGUCGCAAUGAAAAUAAUAGUUACCGUUUUGGGUUGUUUUUUCAUUCUUACAGUUCAAAAAUCUAACGCACAAUUAUUUAACCCAUCUCUAUUUUUCAGUUUAAUCAAGCCUACAGUUAUAAAUACAAUUGAAAACGGUGUCGAAGAAACACAAUGUGCCUCAGAUCUGAAAAAAUUCUUUACAGACUUGGUAGACCUGAAAUGGUGGGCGAUUAGAAUGUUUGAUGCUAGUAGCAAAUUACAUCCUGGGUUUUUCAAUGGUAAUUUUCGCCAAUUUGGGAACUACGACCAAUGUCUCAGUGUGACUGGGAGAGACAUAACUGGGCAAUAUUGUACAGUCUCGGUGAAAACGUUCGAAAAUACCACGAAAACGUUUUUCAACAUGGUCAAAAAUAUUGGUAAACAAAGAGGGACCGGGAAAAUCAUCGAUUGGAGUUUUUUUCUCAAAUAUACGAAAGCUUUCCUAGGUCUUUGUCUCCCCAAAUCGUGCUCAAUCAAAGACCUGAAUCGGUUGUGGGGCCACAUACAGAAACUUUUCCACAUACCAAUUGAAGCGAAAUUUUUGGAAGGAACUUGUGUUUCUGGAGACAAGCAAUACACAAGUACCAAUGAUUUCUAUGUCUUCUUAUUUUUUGGUGUGAUUUUAACCAUGGUAGUGUCAAGCACAAUUUAUGAUUUGUAUUUGCGAAAUUGUAAGUUUCAACCUGACAUUUUCGUCUCUUUUUCUCUCUACACCAACACCAAGCGACUUUUGUCAACACAGUGUGAAAAUGAUGGUCUGACUUGCUUGUAUGGUAUUCGGGUGCUGAGUAUGGCAUGGGUCAUCGUCGGCCAUAUUGCACUCACCCAGAUAUUUUCCUCCAACAUUAACACUCUCUACAUUAUCACUGAAUGGAAAACUAGUUAUGCGAGCACUUUUAUCACCGCAGCCCCAUACGCAGUAGAUACGUUUUUUUCAAUAAGUGGUCUUUUGGUAGUUUACAUCCAUUUGAAGUACUCAGAAAGGCUCAAAAUUAAUUUGUUAGUUUUCUACCUACACAGAGUAAUAAGGCUAGUACCAGCACUCCUUGCAACCCUUCUAAUUUACACAAAUCUGUACAAAUACGUAAGCGAAGGGCCUCUCUGGCCCUUAAUUGUUAAAAAAUUGCAAGUCCCCUGUGAGUACACAUGGUGGGCAACAUUAUUUUUUUUCAGCAAUUAUCUUAAUUUUAAUAACAAGUGUAUGCAACAUUCUUGGUACUUAUCAGUGGAUACCCAGCUCUAUGUGGUGGUAGCACCCAUCAUACUUUAUUAUAUAAAGAAAAACCCAUCAAAAACUCUACUUGGAAUUACAGUUGUUUGCUUAUUGUCGAUUUUGUACACUUUUUUGAUAGUUGUUUAUUACAAUAUUGGAUUUAUAUCAUACUGGGAAAUGGAUGAAAAUGAUUCAAGAAUAACGUAUUUUAAUCCAUUGUCACGCAUGCCUCCUUGGUUAGUUGGCACUGUUUUGGGGUACUUGCUUUACCAAAAGAAAAAGUUUCAAAUUCCCCCAAAAACGAAUUUUCUACUAUGGACAACUUCGUUGCUACUUAUGUUGCAAUUAAUUUUGUAUCACCAGGUUUUUUUGAAUUCUCCUCACAAUGUCUUUCGAUCGGCUUUUUUCAACAGUUGCUCAAGACUCCUCUGGUCUUUAUCUGUUUGUUUUAUCGUUUUUAGUUGCAGCACCGGACAUGGAGGAAUUAUCAACAAUUUUUUGUCCCACCCCGUUUUUAUUGUUUUGGGCAAACUUACCUACAGCAUGUACCUGACUCACGUCUUGGUCAUAAUGGUUGUGACAGGAAAUCAAAAAUAUGCAAGAUAUUUUAGCAAUUUUGGAUUGUUUUGCGACUUUUGUAGCAAUUCGGUUAUCAUCGUCGUAUGUUCGACUUUGAUGUGCUUGUUUUUUGAGACACCUUUUAUAUCUAUGUUGAAACAUUUGGAUAAACGAAAACAUGUUAAGCAUUCGUGAUUGUGUGAAUAAAACAAUAAAAAUAGCGUUUUUAGACACGGAACUACUUUAUUUUAAGCAUAUUUCAAUCAUCAGUGAUGAAGUAAUUUGUUUAAAACCAUUUAAGUACAUUAACCAUGAAUAACUCUUACCUUGAGUGUUA